AGGUUUGGGAGUAUAUGGGCCGUAAUUCAGCGGCGACACGCACCGUCGUCCUCCGCUCUCACGGUCUCUUUGGUCCCAUCUCCCCGGUCGCCGCGCCGCCGUCGUCCUCCGCCCUCCCGUCUCCGCCGGACGCCACUCGUCAGAUUCGUUUCGUUCGUUUAGGCGUCGCUAGCUGCUGCUGAUUUGCCUGACUGAGCUGUACUGGAGGUCUGGAGCUGAAGCAGAGCUCCAAGUCCGGCACCGGCGAGACAUGGCUGCGGCGGCGAAGGAGGUGGACAUGAAGAAGAUGGAGCUUAUGAAGGAGGUAAGAGCGCACCAAGUCGCGAUUGGGGAGCUCAACAACCUGCCUCCAUCCAGGGCCGCGUACCAGAAGACCUGCAACAUCUUCUUCCGCAAGGACAUCAAAUCGGCCGUGGCGUCCCAACAGAAGCAACUUGAUAUAACCAAGGCAAAGCUGCAGAAGCUGGAUCAGGCAUCAUGAAGACUCACUGCAGAAAUUUGAAAUUGCAACUUAUGCUGCUUCAUCCAUCCACCCCCCUCCAUGAAUCCUCUCUAAUCGGUUGUCUUGGGAGUGCUAGACAACGUGCAACUCAUGUAGCUUUCUGUGUAAUAAUUGUGUCGUUACAAGCUGGUUGCUAGUUAUGAGUGUGAGACGAAUGAAUCGUUUCUGAAUAUGGAGACUGUAUACGGGACUGUAGUCAAAAUAGACAUUAUGAAGGUGAUACGAUGAUAUGAUUGAGCCAAGUAGACCUACUGCUUGAGUCUUUCUGAACCGAUUAUGUGGUGACAUGAUUAUCCAGUGGCUGUCAAUAGAUAGAAUCUUGUCAAUUUUCUUA